AUGUGUACAUCAUUGUCAGUACUUAGUCAAACAAGUUUUAAUACUAGUAUUUUGAAACUUGGAAACAAGUUAAAAUGUUGUCAAACACUUGGACUCCUGGUUAUUAAACUCGACAAUACAACUAGGAGGCUGUAUGUUAAAAAUAUACCAGAAAAAUUAUCACCGGCAAACUGCAGUUUAUCAGCGUCAUCUUUCAACUAUCAUCAAAGAUUAUCAUACGGAACAACAGCGAUAGUGUCCGGAGUUCCGGGUGCUCUUUCAAAACAGCAAGCUAAAGAUUUAGCCGUACGACUUACAUCUGAGGAGAGAGAAGUUUUAAUAGCAGCUCUGAAAGAAUGCCAAUCAAAUUCUGUUAGAGCUGAGUAUGAAGGUCAAUUGGCUGCAUUUCGAUGGAGAAGUAAAUUUGGGCGGCCAACUGGUGUGCCAAGUCUGGGUGAAGUCGAUCCAACUGGAAGUUAUUGUGCUGUACCUGAUGAUUGGCUAUUGAGGAAGUAUGCGGAAACAGUCCCACAACCGACACGUCGUGAUUUAAUGCGAGUAUCAAUCGCAAAUGCCAUUCCUUUUAUUGGAUUUGGUUUCCUCGAUAAUUUUUUCAUGAUAAUUGCGGGCGAGCAUAUUGAAGCGUAUCUCGGCGCAAUUAUUUCAAUAUCAACAAUGGCAGCAGCUGCACUCGGAAAUACAAUUUCAGAUAUAUUAGGAAUAGGAUCAGCUACGUAUGUUGAAAGGUUAGCUCAGAAAAUAGGAUUUAAACCUCCUAAACUCACACCUAUUCAAUUGGAUUUACCACGCUCCAGAAGGGCUGCGAAUAUGCUAAAAGGUCGUGUAAUUGGUGUAACAAUUGGAUGUAUACUUGGAAUGACUCCCCUAUUUCUUCUUCAUACUGAAACUAAAGAAGAAAAAGAAAAAGGAAUAGUUGUUUAA